UAGCGACCGAGAGCGACGUAAGAAACAAGGGAGCUCGUUUGUUCGUGUUGUUUCCGUGAGGUAAAGCGCCCGUAGUGUGAGGCGGUCGAGCUGAGCACCGAGCAGAGAGAUGUCUUAAUGUCUUAAUGUCUUCCACACCUGAGGCCAGCACCGGGGAGACGACUCCUCGGCCCUACGUCAUCCCCAUGAGGGAUGCCGGCAGCGGGCGGCCGGCGUGCAGGAGAGACGCGGGAGUCUGGCACCAGACGAGGAGCCUCCUCUACAAGAACCUGCUCAUCAAAUGGAGGACCAAGCAACAGAGUCUGCAGGAGCUGGUCCUCCCCCUGCUGCUGCUGGGCCUCCUGAUCCUCAUCAGCACCCUGAACCCUCACGUCUACUACGGGGGCAUCAGCACCAUGGAGCUGGAGCGCGACGACCACCUGCUGAAGGGCCUGGGCUACACGCCCAUCAGCAACGUCACCAGCCACAUCAUGGAGGAGGUGGCCCAGGAGAUGCACAUGACGGACCGCCUGGAGAUGUUCGCCAGCGAGGAGGACCUGGAGAACGCCAGCCUGUACGAGCCCUCCGGCUACGUGGGCGUGGUGUUCACGGACGGCUCGGCCACGUCGUACCGGCUCCGCUUCCCCUACAACCAGCUGCCCUUACCCAGCGACUACACGGAGUCCAUCGCCAACUGCUUCACCAGCUCGGGGAACUGCAGAGCGGCGAACUACUGGUACUCCGGCUUCAUCCGCCUCCAGUCUCUGAUGGACGCCGCCAUCAUCCAGAUGCAGACCAAGCGCUCGGUGUGGAGCGAGCUGGACCUGAAGGUGGUGAUGAUGGGCCAGCCCGGCUCCGUGGAGGUGCAGAAGUUCCCCCACGCCCUCAUCUCCAUCUACCUGGUGCUGGCCUUCACGCCCUUCGUCACCUUCCUCAUCGUCAACGUGGCAGCCGAGAAGGAGCACCGCCUCAAGGACACCAUGACCAUGAUGGGGCUCCACGACACCUCCUUCUGGUUGUCGUGGGGCCUCCUGUACGCCGCUCUGGUGACCAUCAUGUCCGUCCUGAUGGCCAUCAUCUCCACGUACACGGCCCUGUUCCCCAACAGCCACUUCUUGGUCGUCUUCCUCCUCAUCUUCCUCUACGGGAUCUCAUCGAUCUUCUUCUCCUUCAUGCUCACGCCGCUGUUCAAGAAGCCCAAGCUGGCCAGCACGGUGGGCUCCAUGCUGACGGUGGUGUUCGGCUGCCUGUCGCUGUUCACCGUGCUGAUGAAGGACUUCCCCCAGCCGCUGGUCUGGCUGCUCUGCCUGCUGUCGCCCAGCGCCUUCUCCAUCGGCGUCGCUCAGGUGGUGUACCUGGAGGCCCAGGGGGAGGGCGCCGUGUUCUCCUCGCUGGCCAGCGGCCCCCACCCGCUCUACGUGCCGCUGCUCAUGCUGGUGCUGGACUGCGUCCUCUACCUGCUGCUGGCGGUCUACCUGGACCAGGUGCUGCCUGGUGAGUUCAGAAUGAAGAGGUCCUUGCUGUACUUCCUGAAGCCGUCCUAUUGGUCCAAGCGCAGGAAGCGCUACGUGGAGGUGAGCUCGGUGUACGACGCGGACGUGAAAGGAGCCGCGACCGGCGGCGAUUUCGUGGAGCCGGUGUCCCCCGAGUUCAGAGGGAAGGAGGCCAUCCGCAUCAACAACAUCCACAAAGUGUACAAGGGGAAGGAGAACGUGGUGGAGGCCCUGAGAGGUUUGACCUUUGACAUCUACGAGGGCCAGAUCACGGCGCUGCUGGGCCACAGCGGGGCCGGGAAGUCCACGCUCAUGAACAUCCUGUGUGGCAUCGUCACGCCCACCGGCGGCUCCGCCUCCAUCUACGGCUCGCCCGUGGCCGAGGUGGCGGACAGCUCCGAGAUGAAGCGGCUGGUGGGCGUCUGCCCCCAGUUCAACAUCAUCUUCGACGUGCUCACCGUGGAGGAGCACCUCAGGAUCUUCGCCGCCAUCAAAGGGAUCGCGGACUCGGACAUCGGCGCCGAGGUCUCCAACGUGCUGAAGGACCUGGACCUGGAGAAGAUCAAGACGGCUCAGGCCAAGAACCUGAGCGGCGGCCAGAAGAGGAAGCUCUCCGUGGGCAUCGCCAUCCUGGGAGACCCCAAGAUCCUGCUCCUGGACGAGCCCACGGCCGGCAUGGACCCCAGCUCCCGGCACCAGGUGUGGUCGCUGCUGAAGAGGCGCCGGGCCGGCCGCGUCACGGUGCUGAGCACGCACUACAUGGACGAGGCCGACAUCCUGGCCGAUCGCAAAGUGGUGAUCUCUCAAGGCCAGCUGAGGUGCGUCGGCUCCUCCAUGUAUCUCAAGGUCAAGUGUGGGGUCGGAUAUCACCUGAGGAUGUCCACCAGCGAGCGCUGUGAGGCGGCUCAGAUCUCGUCUCUGGUCCAGCGGCACGUUCCCAACGCCAAGUUGUCUCGCCAACACGAGGCGGAGAUGACCUUCACGCUGCCCUUCGAGAGCAUGGACACCUUUUCAGGUUUGUUCUCGGAGCUCGACCGACAGCCCGCUCUGGGAAUCAUCAACUACGGGGUUUCCAUGACGACGCUGGAGGAUGUUUUCCUCCGCUUGGAGGCCGAAGCCGAAGUGGACCAAGCCGACUACAGCGUGUUCAACCGCGAGCCGGCGGAGGAUGACGGCGACGGCGCCGCGGACGACAUGGACCAGCGGCUGCUGGCGUUCUCUGACGGCAAGUCGGCCGCGGUGCGGGGCCACGCCCUGUGGCGGCAGCAGUUCAGCGCCGUGGCCUGGCUGCACAUGCUCAACAUGCGGCGGGAGAGGAAGGCCUUCGUCUACACCCUGGCCUUGUUCCUGGUGUUCGUCUCCGCCGUGCUCGUCCUCUCUCUGGCCACGGGCAACCUCCAGAUCCACUCCCCCGAGCGCCAGUUCCUGCCCGUGUACCUGCUGAAGGGCGGCCAGGUGCAGCGGCGCUACGCCACCAGCCUCCUGGUGCAGAACUCCUCGGGCUCCGAUAUUUCCGACUUCAUUCACAACCUGCAGUCUCAGGACAUCCGAGUGGACCUGAUGCACCAGAGCGACUACAUGGCCGCGGCGCCCCACAGCGCCGCCAUCAACGUGACGGGGUCCAGCAAGGGCUUCAAGUACAGCGUGGCGUUCAACAGCACCACGGUUCACUCGCUGCCGAUGGCCGUCAACGUGCUGAGCAACGCUCUGCUGAGAGGCCUGAACGGCACCGGGCGGAUCCGGACCUGGACCAAGCCCUUUGACUAUCAAAUCCCAGACGCCACGUCGUACGCGCUGGUGUACAUCGAGGCCAUCAUCCUGGGGAUGCUGGCGGCGGGGAUGCCCGCGUACUUCGCGAUGGACCACACUCGAGACCGAGAGAUCAAGUGCCGCUCAACCCUUCGUAUCUCGGGUCUGGUGCCGUCGGCCUACUGGUGCGGCCAGGCGGCCGUGGACGUCCCGUUCUACUACCUCAUCCUGUCCAGCAUGACCGCCGUGCUCUUCUGCUUCCACACGGGGAGCCUGCUCACCUCCAGCAACCUCACGGCCGUGGUCCUGUGUACUGUCGGCUUUGGUCCGGCCAUGAUUCUCUUCACUUACGUGUUUUCCUUCGUCUUCGCUCGAGUCCAGAGCAACAGGGAUUUCUUCUCCGUCAUCUCCAUGAUGGUGUGCGUGGUGUCGGCCUCGCUGGUCCAGUUGUCGUUUGUGAACGACAACCCCGAGCUGACCAGGAACCUGCACAACGUCCUGUGCUUCCUCAACCCGCUGUACCCCCUCAUGGGCUGCCUCAACUGCAUCACCAAGGCGACCUUCCUGCACUCGCUGUACGAGGAGGACUUCUUGUGGAAGAACCUCGUCAUUGCCGUCAUAGCUCCGUAUCUCCAGUGCAUCCUGCUGCUGUUCCUGCUCCGCUGGCUUGAGAUCCGGUACGGAGGAAGGAGAGUCGGAAGCAUGUCGUCCAAGUCGAAGCCCAAAGUGGAGAAGAACCUGGAAGAAGGGCCGAGCGAGGACGAGGACGUCCGGAUGGAGAAGGCCCGCGUGAAGGAGGCCCUCAGCUGCCAGGCCUGUGAGGAGAAACCGGUGGUGGUGGUGAGUAACCUGAGGAAGCAGUACAAAGGCCGGAGGGAAGGCUUCUCCCUCAACAAGACCCGCAAGGUGGCGGCCAAGAACGUCUCGUUCUGCGUCCGCAAAGGUGAAGUCCUCGGCCUGCUGGGCCCCAACGGAGCAGGAAAGAGCACCAUCAUGCACAUGUUGUCAGGGGACACGGAGCCCACGGCCGGCCAGGUGCUGAUGGGGGACUACGGCACGGACUUCCUCCCGGUGGACAAUCCCCUGGAGCACGUGGGCUACUGCCCCCAGGUGAACGCCCUGUGGCCCCGGAUCACUCUGCAGGAGCACCUGGAGAUCUACGCCGCCGUCAAGGGCCUGAGGGCGGAGGACGUGCAGGGCGUCAUCAAGCGUGUGGUGAACGCUCUGGAGCUGAAGGACCACCUCCACAAACAAGCCAAGACCCUGUCAGCUGGGCUCAAGAGGAAGCUGUGUUUUGCCUUGAGCAUGAUCGGGAAUCCUCAGAUCGUCUUACUGGACGAGCCGUCGUCAGGGAUGGACCCCAAGUCCAAGCAGCGCAUGUGGAGAGCCAUCCGUGCUGCCUUCAAGGACCGCCAGCGGGGCGCCGUGCUCACCACGCACUACAUGGAGGAGGCUGAGGCCGUGUGCGACCGCGUGGCCAUCUUGGUGUCCGGCCAGCUAAGGUGCAUCGGCUCCAUCCAGCAUCUGAAGGGGAAGUACGGCCGUGGCUACAGCCUGGAGGUGAAGCUCCGGGAGGAGCUGGCGGGGCUCCAGCAGGUGGCGCUGCUGCACAAAGAGAUCCUCCGGACCUUUCCACACGCCGCCCGGCAAGAGAGCUUUGACACUCUGAUGGUCUACAAGAUCCCCAUGGAGGACGUGAAGUCACUGGCCACGUCUUUCGCUCAGUUGGAGGGAGCCAAGCAAACCUUCAACUUUGAGGAGUACAACUUCUCCCAGUCGACGUUGGAGCAGGUGUUCAUGGAGUUCGCCAAGGAGCAGGAGAACGAGGAGGAGGAGGUCGGCUCGCUCAGCACCACCUUCCAGUGGCAGCGCCUGCGGCAGGACGCCUCCGCCCCCGUCAACCACACCGCCGACAGCGUCGUGCACCAGCUUUAGACUCCGCCCCCGAGACGGGAACCGACCAAUCACGACCCGCCGGGCCUCGCGCUAGGCCACGCUAGGCCGCCGCCCACUUGUGUGUGUGUGUGUGUGUGUGUGUGUGUGUGUGUGUGUGUGUGUGUGUGUGUGUGUGUGUGUGUGUGUGUGUGUGUGUGUGUGUGUGUGUGUGUGUGUGUGUGUGUGUGUGUGUGUGUGUGUGUGUGUGUGUGUGUGUGUGUGCGCUGACCACGGGGCCUGACACCUCUUUCUACCGGUGUUUUCUUUUUUUUAAUCUUCACCGGGAGUCAACAGAAGAAACGUUUAUGAACAAUAAUCUUUACGCUCCGUCGUGUUUUCUACAGAACUGAUGCAUCACGUACCAAAGCAUCUCCUCUGACUCACAGGCCACGCCUCCUCACGGUGUGGCGGCGGUAGCAUGUCCGUUAACAGUCUCCACAAAGCUCCUCCUCCCUUCUUCACCAGCAUGACGUCCAGACCCCGAGGAGGGCCUCCAGACCCCGAGGGGGGUCUUUAGGACCCCGAGUUCCUGCAUUUAAAAGAGGGGGCGGGGCGGGGGCUCUCGACCCGGUGGGGGGGGGGAUGCACCACAUGUAGCACACAGGACCUGCAGCUCCAGGGUUUGUUUCUGGUCUCCAGGUGGUCUGGAGGUGGUCUCCAGGUCUUUUGAAGACCCUUUGAUGUUCUGAAUGUGUUUGGGCCUCAGUGAGAGGAGGACCUGUGACUUUUAAUCUCACAGCUGUGUUUAUUCUAUCUAGCCUGUUCAGUGUGUGUUUGUUGUGGUGUGUGUUUGUUGUGUUGUGUUGUGUAUAUAAUGUGAGCAGCUGCUCCUGUAUAAUCUGAUCUGUGUGCAUCAGUGGACGAUGAUACUUUACCCACACUAACCCGUAUAUAUCAUGAAUUACUGAUCUUCGCCCUCAUUGGUCGAGGUGUGUGGGAGGAGCUACACGCCGGCUUCCUCAUCGUUAACUGAAGAAGAGGAGCAGCUCAUUCUGGUGUUUCUCUGAAGAGGAAAGUUAUGAGUAGCCGGUUUGACUCCACACAUUACACGUACACUAAAGAAUCAAACACUUUUUUAAAUGUGAAAACUUUAUUUAAACGCUCAUUUUAAAUGUGUUUAUUUGCACACAUGUAGCCUUCAAAAUAAAAUGCAGGCUCUGCAUUAAGUUUCAGGAGGACGUUAUGUUCGCUAUGUUUACGUUUUUGUUUGUUUUCUUUCUUGCCGUCUGGAAAGCGGAGCAGUCAGCCGGUGGACGUUGAGCGGGUUUAUUUUCUUUCUUUCCCCGGUGGUGGUAGAAUUUGCACUAUUUCUGGGAAAUUGUAUAACCUCCGUUUAUAUUAUGCAAUCUUUGUAAGAUUAUCUGUGCACUGAUUUUAUUUAGUAAAGACGGGUCCAGCCGCUGUCGUCUCCCUGCUGUAUCGCCACACGUCUGGAUGGACACUACACCACCUUUCAUGAAUAAAUGUUAAUCUUAAA